AUGCAUUUUUCCGUUGGGUUCCUAGUGAUUAUGUACCUGAUCGAAGGGGUCCAUUCUCUAGUUGAAUUUACGAACUUCGAGUGUGAGCUAUUGGAUAGAAGCUUUUGCGGAGUGGAGUACUGUCGCAUUAAAUCCAUGAACCGGACGUACAAAUACCUUUCCCUUAAAGUCAAUCUAUUCAAAACCCCCGUGACCGAUGUUAAGGUAUGCUGUGAAUACGGUCUUUACCAACGCCUGAAUGGCUAUAAGCCCUUUCUCUACAAUGUAACUGUAGAUGCCUGCAAAUUUCUUACAAAUCAGAACUCUCAUCCCAUUUUUAAGUUCAUUUACGUUUUUUUUAAACACGUCUUCAAUAUGAACCAUUCCUGCCCCUACGACCAUGACAUAAUAAUGGAAAAGGUAACAGCUGAGAAUAUUAAUCAUCAUAUGACCAAAAUUCUUCCUUUUCCCAAAGGAAAAUAUAUGUUUAAAAUGCACUGGAUUGCUUAUAAUAUUAACAGAGCUAUCAUUCGAGUAUAUAUUACACUCACGUAA